CACGCUAGUUGUGCAAAGCCGAGCGCUACGAGCCUGCAAGCAUGUCGGGGGGCAGCGGGUGCAGCCAGACCCCGAGCCGGGCCAUCCCCGCCACUCGUCGGGUGGUCCUCGGCGACGGCGUGCAGCUGCCGCCUGGGGACUACAGCACCACCCCGGGCGGCACGCUCUUCAGCACCACUCCCGGAGGCACCAGGAUUAUCUAUGACCGGAAGUUUCUGAUGGAGUGUCGGAACUCACCUGUAACCAAAACACCUCCCCGGGACCUGCCCUCCAUUCCUGGGGUGACCAGCCCUGCCACCGAUGAGCCUGCCAUAGAAGCCAGACAGAACCAUUCAAGUAGCAGCCCUGAAGGGAAGCCAACAGGUGCUGGUGAAGAAUCACAAUUUGAAAUGGACAUUUAAAGGACCGGCCAAUGGAUCGAGAGAUGCCUCUGGGGCCCUCAGGCCCUUCUUGGGAGAAGCGUCCCAACAGCCAGGCCCUAGGAAAAUUCUCAUCCUGGGCAGGUGCUGAGUAGGGGUCCACACCCCGACCCCCUGCUCCUCCUUCACUCGGGACUCUUGCUUCCCUUUGUGGUGAACACCAGUGAUUACCUCCACAUUCUCCCUUUGAGCCAGGCAUACUGCCCAGGGCAGUAGCAGCCACACCCACAGCCCAGAGCAGGACUGCCCUGGGGAAGCCUUCAGAACUUCCUGUCACCUGCUCUCUUGGCCCCAUGCUCUGGGGUCGAACCCAUCGCUUCCUUAAAUCCAGGUGCCAAGGGGAAGCUCACACCCUGCCUUCUCCAACAAGGAAAUAAAGUCAUAGUGGCCCACUCGGGCCGAGUCUU